UUUAUAAAAGCGUGGUUCAGUGGAUGUUUCAGGGUUCAAAUCUCCCCGACGAAUGUCUUAAAUACUAUUCAAAAUACUAGUAUGAAGAGUAUAACACGUAACAUAACAUGAAGUAUGUUUUGUUUGUUGUAAUUCGUUUGUCAUUAAAUGUCCAGUGUUUCUUUAAAUUCUCUAACAUAAAUAACUCAUUUACUAAACAUUCAUCCAGCAGCUGUGCAAACAAGCCGAAACAAAUAUGCACCAUUAUUCAUCAAUGCUUUAGGAUGGCAAUCACAAAAACCAAAAAAUAUGAAGACCAAGUCAGUAACGUCAUGCAAUUAACAGUGAAUUAGUUCUCUUCGAAAUCUUGAUACGACUGUUUCGCUAUGAUUGUAUCCAUUAGCAUAUCAUUAUUUUUAUUACAAGUUAUUUUUAUGAAAUCUAGUAACUGUGAUUAUUACACUUCCAUAGCAGGUUUGGACAACGUUUUGAGUGUGGAAUUUUACUUAAUAGAACUUUUUGACGUUUACAUUACACAGGCAGAGGAAGUGAACAAUGCAGUGAAAAGGAUAGUUUUUGAUAUGGAGAAAGAAAUGAAUAGCUCAUUGACAUUAUUGGAAACGCAUUAUCAAAACCCUUUGCACGCAUUUAAAAUAUUAAAAAGAUUGGUGGUAGACUGGAAACAAGUGGAAAAACUAUUCAUUACGAAUGAAAUUGCCGAAGUAUUUUCACAAAAUUUAACAAAACUUGAAGGCGUGGGGUUUAAAUGGCCAACAAGAGAAGAUUUACAAGGCGCAAGUAACGGUUUAGUGCGAUUGCAACAAACAUAUAAUAUCAGUACCAACGACAUAGCAAAUGGCACAGCACUUGGAAAAGUGUUAAGCAGACAACUGUCAGCAGCAGAUUGUUUUGAAUUAGGAGUCACCUUAUAUGAAACUUCAAAUUUUCAAUUUGCUAUUGAGUGGUUAAUGAAAGCAAAAGUUCGCUUAGAAAAUGAAAGUUUAGACAUAAAUUAUACACUUACCUUUCCACGCGUUUUCGAUGCACAAAUUUUGCACUACUUAUCACUUACUAUGUUCAGUAUAGGCAACUUAAAAAUGGCACAGCGUUUCAAUUUUAAACUUUUAAUCCAGGAUCCCGAAAGUCAGGAAGGGCUACAAAAUAAAAUUAUUAUUCUUCAGAAUCUCUUAGAUGAUAGACGUACACUUUACGUUACUGACUCUAACCAAAAAAAGGAUAACUUGCAGGAACUAUACGAAAAGGUUUGCCGCAAAGAAAUUACGCAAACGCCAACACAACAACGCGUUCUUCAUUGUCGCUAUGUUACUAACAAUACUCCUUUUGCCACAAUUGCUCCCUUUAAAAUGGAGAUACUUAAUCAAGAUCCUUUAGUAGCAUAUUACCAUGAACUUGAUGUCACUCUAACGGCAUCAUCUUCAAAUGAUUCCUUUACGGAAUUAUCUGUAGCUGAGUGUGUGCCGGCCACUGGGCUGGAAGCCUCCACCCAUUUCGACAGCGCUACUGUGUGCGUCAAAAUGGACCCGGACAGGCCACCGUCUACUUCUCCGCUUGCGGAAACGGUGUACGCACCAGCAGUAACUUCGUCGCGAUCUCAGGUAAGGCGGCAGGAAAUUAUUGAGAUCUUGUCUUCAAAUUCCGAAGCCGUUGAAGCCAUUCCGGCUGGCACUUCGCUCUCUACAGAGCAAAUUAUGCUUCUCCAAGAAGCCAUUAUUGAUGUUGCUAUUGAGCAACACAACGACGAAAUACAGCCGGAGUUCGAAGGGUGUUUACCUAGAACGGGGUGGCUGCUUAUCGUCUGCAGUGAUGCAAAAACUGCGAAGUGGGUCAAGCAAUUUUCAGGCCACAUAGGGGCCAAAUGUGGACUCGCUAUAAACGUGGUAGAGGAAAAGGAUUUCCCACGAACUCACAUCGUAGGAUUGCAUACCGGUUCGGGAACCACCCCCGCUCAUUCUCACCCCAUAGACAAUACUCCAAAGGUGGUUCAGGAUGAUAGUACUAUCCAAUCAUCCUCGGCUUCGGCAGCAUCCCUUACGGAAGUUUGCCCAACAGUGACUGUUCCUGAGGAAGAGGAACUAGACACACGUCCCUCCACAAGCAAGGCUGUGAGCUCUGCUAGUGGGCGUGUAGUUCAGAUUCCCACCUCGGUAACUACAUCCACAAUGCCCUCCACGGGCACGACAACUGUAGCAGGUAAACCACGGACCGCUACCAAUAAAACACCCUUAAUCGGUAAAAUUUUACCAAAGAUAUCAAAGGGUGAUAGGAACAAAGGUUCUCGACGAGACAAGCGUGAAAGUCUCGUCCGUAAGUCUCUUAACGAGAUAUAA